UUAAACUUUCGCCCAGUAUCCAAUCAACCCUUACGCGAGUGGAUUAGCUCGAAAAGUUUCUCGAUGGAACUAACGGUGCCGUGUAAUUUCACCUUUCGCCUACUUUUUCUACCCAAUUCCCGUUUACAAACGUAUUUACAUUCAGACAAUUUUCGUCGCGCAUUCGUUAUAUGUACCUAUUGUAGCGUUUAAACGCGAUAGAAGUUUCUGGCCUGUUUUAAAGAAUGUAACGAACGAAGAUCGAAGUUACGUGCGUGCUAUUGACAUUGAUAACCUUCACCGUUUCGUCGAGCAACGCCUUAUGAAUUUUCAUCAGUCGCGUAUUGUAUUUAAAAAACACGGCUCGCAACACGGCUGCUUAAUAACACCUUUUUAAAAAAGUAAUUCGCUUGAGUGCGCAACGCGAUAAUAGCAGACAGCUUGUCGUUUCCGUAUAAAAUAUAGCGACCUCGUGCAAACGUUGGAAAAUCUGGUAAAAUCUGAAUAGAAUCUUCUCUCUUGUCGUAGCUCUGUCAUAAGUUCCAUCGUUCCUUCGAAACAAAAGCGCGAUUCAAGAACACGGAAAACGGUGAACUUUAUUCGUCGAAUAUCCUUUCAUCGCGUCCGGAAGUUUACCUUUUAUUCGCGGAAGAUCGAAACGGCUCGAUCAUUAACAUACGACCCAGUUAGGCGAUGACAACUGUUUCUUCAACGAUUGUUUCUACAUCUGUUCAAACAACUUGACGCCAUAUGCGAGCUUACAAUUCCCCGGCUCGAAGAUACGGCAAUGAUUUCGUAUGGUCGAUAAACGAGCGCGAACCGAGGCUGGGAUAAUCGAUAGAUUGUCGUGCAUAAGAGAAUUCAAAAUAUUGGCUUCGCGCCAGAGGUGACGGCGACAAGCACGAAAACGAAGACGAAGACAGGGAAAUGUAACGUGGCCAAAAUAAGCACGCGGGCCCAGGAAAAAGAAGAGCGUAUUCGGUCGCGUAGAGCACGUUCUACGAGAACAUCCUCGUUCGCUUCUGGAUCUGAAGAAGACGGAAAGCUGUAAUAGAAAAUGAAAGAAACGUGUCGGCAAACAAUUCGAGCCGGGAUGCAAUUUCGAAUCGGAAGAUAGUUAAUCGGAAAUGUUACGUCGAAUCGAGCCCCAUUGAUUCCACACAUUUUCUCAUCGGUAAUUGACUUUGAACGGUGCUCCAUGGAGUCUGGAUCAACGAUGACGAAGAAUCAUCGUGACAAUGGAACGACGAGGCAGAACGAGACGUACUCUGGGAAAGAUUCGUUGACCAGUGAAACGAAACGCAACAUCGGAGACACCGCGUCACUGGUCAACGUGCAAAGAAACACAAGCCAAAGAAGAGGUGAAAUUGUCGAUAGCAGUUGGCGGGUAAACGGUGUCCAGGCGAGCCGUACAAAGUGCAGUUCCUCCGUAAAGGGCACCGGCUGCAUCGUGAACAACGGUCUAGUUGCCUCUAGGGGUGAACUUGCUCGAAAUAGCUGCACGAAGAGAAAGACGCCGGCGCCGUGCGUCGUUAACGAGAAAAGCAACGCGGUCGUCGACGCGAUUUACCGCGCCAAACAACCGGAUAGUUUUCUCGAAGAAGAGUUGUUAGGCACACGGUUCUCUCUGGAGACAGCAAGAUCGACGACGGCUUUCAGAAAACCUCACCGAACCAUCCCCAAGUCGUUCUCCCUUCCAGACGAUCUACGAGAAGGUAUCUCAGCGGCACAGAGAAAAGGACGAAGGCCCCUCGACAACGGUAUUUUAAAAAGGUCCUCCGCGUUUCUGGCGAACAUCGCUCAGACUGCUUGUCGCGUCAGGGAGAAGAAAACCAGCGAGAAUCGCGGGAAAUCUUCGACUGUCGGUGGAUACUUUACGAUUUUGAACAGCGUAACCAACGACUUUGAGUCUCUUUAUCGUUCGCCGAGCGUUCAAACUCUGCCAGUCGAACGGAAGAAGAAGAAGAACGGUGUUCGAGUGAAAAAAUCAGUGUCCUUCAGUUCUGAUACGAGCUUCGAGGAGAAACGGGCACCGUACAGGAGAACCGGGGCCGUUCACGAGGUCAAGGCCUAUCACAAGGGUGUCCUGCAAGAUCAUACCGAGGCUGAUACGAUCGUCAGAAAAGUGCCGUCCUCGUGGGAAACGAACAGCGAGGGCCGAACGGCCCUACUCAGAGCUGCCAGGGAUGCCGACGACGCGGCUCUCAACGAGAUUACCCUUAGGGUCGGAAAAUUUGGAUUCGGUGAUAUGGAUGUUAACGUGGCUGACAGCAGCGGCAGGACCGCCGUAAGCUACAUGGCUGGAAACGGAACGUCGACAAUGUUGGAGCUAGCUUUGUCGUUCGACGGGGUGGAUCCCAAUACUCCCGACAACGAGGGCAACACACCCCUGCACUUUGCCGCGCAGGCGGGCCAAACAGACUGUUUGAACAUACUGCUGCAAAGGUGUCCGGAGAUCGAAGUGGACGCUAGAAACGCGUCCGGUUUCACCCCGUUGAUGAAGGCUGCCCUCCAAGGAAGAACAAAGUGCGCAAAAAUUCUCUUGUUUGCCGGCGCGAAUCCAACUCUAAGAGAUCACGGGAGAGGGCUGAGGGCAGAGCAAUGGGCCAGAUUUUGCGGAAGAUACGUUUGCGCCGAAGUGAUCGAAAGAUUCGCAAGGCAUAGGCUCCUGGAGAGAUCAACGUCGUGUAGAUGGGGCAGCGAACCUGAACUGGCGGCGAAAGUGCUGCAAGGAAAGGUGAUGCCGAUUCCUUCGACUCCUCUGUCACCACCGUCUUCGGGGUUCAAGUCGAAGAUAAGGAAAGUUUUCCGCACCACUUCUGGACCAGAUAGAAAUUUCUCCUUGGUUUCGCAAUUGACCAGUGCCGCACUUUGCGCAAGCAGUCCCGCUUUGCCGAAAUCCAGCGAAGUCCCUCCAGUAGUUAAAAGUCUUCUUCGACCUCUGAGCGUCCCUCAGUUAAGAGUGACGCUGGUUUCGCCGCAGGAUUUUCUCGACCAAUCAAAGGACAAGUACGGAUCAAAUUUCGCGGAAAAGAUCGAGAACACGGUCGCGAAACAAUCGUCGCGAUCGAAAAAAAAGAAAUAAACAGACCAAUUUUCAAUAUCCUUCCUCGUUGUUCGAUACUGCUACAGUUCCUAUUCGAUUUACCGUAGACUCGGUACGAUCAAGUAACGAUCAAAUUGAUAUUUUUCGUCUACGAUAUGGGUAGACGGUAGGAAACAGAGAAGAGGAUGGAAUCGCGUAGCUCGAAAGCCAAGAAUACCAAAGAAACGAACUGGAGUUACGAUGACUCAGAGAAUCGUGCAAAGAAAUCGAUGUAAUAGUUUCUAAGCGAUUCCAAAUAAUCAUCUGUCGAGUUCAGACGAGAAACAUUCGCUGCAAGAAUUUUAAAACGAUGUUUUAAGCGUGCCGGUGGAUAAGGCGAUAUUUUGUAUCUCUGUAUAACAAUAGCUGAACGAACUUUUAAAUAAACUUCUUGAUAUUAAAAACAUUA